AUGUAUGGUAUGCUUAUGGGUGCGUUCCGGUUGGAGGCUUUGUACGCUUCAACGCUCAUGAGCGCUCCCAAUAUGGCAUUUGCUGCUCAAAUGUUAAAUAAAUGGUGGAUUUCACAAAAGAAGAUUUGGCAAUCAAUAGCAGAUGAGUUGGUGAAGAAUACAUACAGUGUAACUGGUCCUCAAUGCCAGUCAAAAUUUGGAGGUCUGAAGAGGACUUACAAUUCAAUCAAGGACCAUAACGGUAAGUCUGGAAAUGGCCCCAGAACUUGGCCAUAUUUUGAAAUUAUGGAUGGCUUGUUAGGGGUGAAACCCUACAUUAUCCCCAUAGCAACUGUUUCAUCAACGGGGAAAAGGGACCAACCUGAAGUGGACAAUUCUCUCGCUUCUGAUAUAAGUCCUCAUCGUGAACUUCCGAAAAAAAAAUCCAACUAUUCAUCUUCGGUAGACAAAGUGCUAUUAGCGAUUGAGGAAAAUAGGAAAGUAUCCGAAGAAAACAAAGAAAAUAGGCAUAAAGAGAAAAUGGAACAGAAACGGGAGGCUAUUAAUCUUUUAGCUAGGCUUGUUAAUGUCUUAGGGCAGUUAAAAUUAUUCUAA